UUGUAAAAGGAAAGCACGGAAACGGCUGGUCUUUCGUGUGAAAUCACAGAGAACGUCGAGUAACGAGAACCGGUUAAGCCUCUUAAACAUUUAGCUAGAAUUUCUUUAUUUAUUAAAAGUAAUCCAGGUGGACAACCAUGGCCUCGGGAGGGGAAUCCAAAAAUGAUGAUCUAGCCACUGCAAUUCUGAAACAGAAGAGCAGACCCAACAGACUGAUUGUUGAUGAAUCCAUCAAUGAAGACAACAGUGUGGUCUCUCUAUCUCAGACCAAGAUGGACGAGCUGCAGCUCUUCCGUGGAGACACAGUGCUGAUGAAAGGAAAGAAGAGGCGGGAGACUGUGUGCAUUGUGCUGUCUGACGACACCUGUUCUGAUGAAAAGGUUCGCAUGAACAGGGUGGUCCGCAACAAUCUGAGGGUCAGACUGGGUGAUGUCAUCAGCAUUCAGCCAUGUCCUGAUGUGAAGUAUGGAAAGAGGAUCCACGUCCUCCCAAUAGAUGACACAGUAGAAGGAAUUACUGGCAACCUGUUUGAGGUCUACCUGAAGCCAUACUUUCUGGAGGCUUACAGGCCAAUUCGCAAAGGUGAUAUUUUCCUGGUCAGAGGAGGCAUGCGUGCUGUGGAGUUCAAGGUGGUAGAGACUGACCCCUCUCCCUACUGCAUUGUUGCUCCUGAUACAGUCAUCCACUGUGAGGGAGAGCCAAUCAGGAGAGAGGUGGGGGAUGCAUGGGUACACACUUGGGCAAAAAAAUGAAACAUGGGGGACCUGUUGUGUUAUAAAUGCAGGAAAGAGUCCCGGAACGAGGUUGGUUAUGAGAAUAGGAGGAGGAAGCAGCUCAGAUCAAAGAGGGGGGGGGGAUGCCUUCGACACCCUGCACUGUUCAAGGCCAUAGGUGUCAAGCCCCCACGUGGAAUCCUGCUAUAUGGACCUCCUGGAACCGGAAAGACCUUGAUUGCAAGAGCUGUAGCCAAUGAAACUGGAGCUUUCUUUUUCCUGAUUAAUGGUCCUGAGAUCAUGAGUAAGCUGGCAGGAGAGAGCGAGAGUAACCUGAGAAAGGCCUUCGAAGAAGCAGAGAAGAAUGCUCCUGCCAUCAUCUUUAUUGAUGAGCUUGAUGCAAUUGCUCCUAAGAGAGAGAAGACUCAUGGAGAGGUGGAGAGGCGCAUUGUUUCCCAGUUGCUGACUCUUAUGGAUGGCCUGAAACAGAGAGCUCAUGUCAUCGUCAUGGCUGCCACCAACAGACCCAACAGCAUUGACCCAGCUCUCAGGAGAUUUGGGCGUUUUGAUAGGGAGGUGGACAUUGGCAUCCCCGAUGCCACUGGCAGAUUGGAGAUACUCCAGAUUCACACCAAGAACAUGAAACUGGCUGACGAUGUUGACUUGGAACAGGUAGCCAAUGAGACCCAUGGACAUGUGGGUGCGGAUCUGGCUGCUCUCUGCUCCGAGGCUGCCCUGCAGGCCAUCAGGAAGAAGAUGGACCUGAUUGAUCUUGAGGACGAGACCAUCGAUGCUGAAGUCAUGAACUCACUUGCUGUCACUAUGGAUGACUUCAAGUGGGCCCUGAGCCAGAGCAACCCAUCUGCACUGAGGGAGACGGUUGUUGAGGUUCCCAACAUCACCUGGGAGGACAUCGGAGGUCUGGAUGAUGUCAAGAGGGAGCUGCAGGAGUUGGUGCAGUAUCCAGUGGAGCACCCGGAGAAGUUCCUCAAGUUCGGCAUGACCCCAUCCAAGGGCGUGCUGUUCUAUGGUCCCCCUGGUUGUGGUAAGACUCUGCUGGCCAAAGCCAUCGCCAACGAGUGCCAGGCAAAUUUCAUCUCCAUCAAAGGGCCAGAGCUGCUCACCAUGUGGUUUGGAGAGUCCGAGGCCAACGUCAGAGAGAUCUUUGACAAGGCUCGUCAAGCAGCCCCAUGCGUUCUCUUCUUUGAUGAGCUGGACUCCAUAGCCAAGGCCCGUGGCGGAAACGUGGGAGAUGGUGGCGGAGCAGCCGACCGCGUCAUCAACCAGAUCCUGACGGAGAUGGACGGAAUGUCCAGCAAGAAGAACGUCUUCAUCAUUGGAGCCACAAACAGACCAGACAUCAUCGACCCUGCCAUCCUGAGACCUGGCCGUCUGGAUCAGCUCAUCUACAUCCCCCUGCCCGACGAGAAGAGCAGGAUGAGCAUCCUGAAAGCCAACCUCCGCAAGAGCCCCAUCAGCAAGGAUGUGGACGUGGACUACCUGGCAAAGAUGACCAAUGGCUUCUCUGGAGCAGAUCUCACUGAGAUCUGCCAGCGGGCGUGUAAGCUGGCCAUCAGAGAGAGCAUCGAGAAUGAGAUCCGCAGAGAGCGGGAGAGGCAGACCAACCCAUCAGCUAUGGAGGUGGAAGAGGAUGAUCCUGUGCCAGAGAUCAGGAAGGACCACUUUGAGGAGGCAAUGCGAUUUGCUCGUCGCUCCGUCAGUGACAAUGACAUUCGCAAAUAUGAGAUGUUUGCUCAGACACUGCAGCAGAGCCGUGGCUUUGGCAGCUUCAGGUUUCCCUCCAGUACUGCAGGAGGCAGUGGUCCAACCCAUGGCUCAGGAGGAACUGGCACUGGUCCAGUGUUCAAUGAAGACAACGACGAUGACCUUUAUGGAUAAAUGUACACUGCCCUACAGUGGUCAGUACUGGGAUCACACCUGUACAAAUUCUCACCAGAUUCCACAUUUUUAGGACUUUGUGCUUCUUUCAUGUGUUCCUUUUUUUUGUAUGACUUCCCUUGGAGAACGCAUGUAGCCGCUUGGUUUGCCCUGGCUUUGAUGUGGGUGGGGGUAAAGGGGUUGUUGGAAAUGGAAGGUGAGUGUCUGAUGCAGAUUGGGGAUGGGGGGUCUUAGUGAGUGGCCUCAUUCUCAGUAUAUCACAACAAACAUGAACGGCUUUAGUGAUGGGAUUCUAUGCUAGACUAUAAGAAAGAAAAGAAAAAAAAACAUUGCUUAUGACUUCCUCUUUUUUUUUUUUAAACGGUAGCAUAUAAUGUAUUACAAAUUUGUCAAGGUUAUGUUGUUGAAAAUAAAAUCUCACAAAAUGGAAGUGUUA